UGCUUUUUUCCUGGAAAGACCUUCGGGAUCCGCCUGUCUGUUUUGUACGCGAUCUGCCUGGCGGUUCCUGAAACUUUAUCUUGCAUUAUGUAGGUCGGGCUGUUCUGUUUAUCUAGUACAGAUUCGCACAUAAGGCAGUAUGAGCAUUAGCAACCUGUCAGCCGUGUUGUAUAAGAAAGGAGAUUUGCGAUUGGUGGAUUGUCCAAUCAAAGACCCGGGACCAGGAGAGGUGCAGAUUGCUGUCCAGAGAGUGGGUAUCUGUGGUUCUGAUGUCAAGUACUGGAAAGAGGGUGCCAUUGGUCACUUUGUGGUCACUAAACCGUUACUGCUAGGUCAUGAAAUCAGUGGAGUCAUCAGUAAAGUGGGAGAGGGCGUCACGCACCUCAAAAUAGGGGACCGUGUGGCGGUAGAUCCACAUAUCACAUGCCGCGUGUGCGAGUUCUGCAAGACGGGCCGUUACAACAUGUGUCCCAAAGUCUACUUUUUGGCCACGCCUCCUGACGAUGGGGCCCUAGCCAGAUAUUUCGUGCAUGCCGCAGAUUUCACUUUUAAACUUCCAGAUAACGUGAGCUUUGAAGAGGGAGCAUGCGUAGAACCUCUUUCGGUUGGUUUACACGGAUGUCGAAGAGCAGGUGUCACUUUGGGUCAAAAGGUCCUUGUGACGGGUGCAGGUCCAAUUGGCCUUUGUGCCAUGUUGAGCGCUAAGGCUCUGGGCGCCUCUGCUGUUUGUAUGACAGAUAUAGACACCUCGCGUCUUGAGUUUGCAAAGAAAUGUGGCGCCACCCACACUUUUCUGGUGACGCGCGAGGACAAAGAGGAGGAUGUAGCUGCGAAACUGGCGGAUCUUAUGGGGGCGAUGCCAGACAGGACCAUUGAGUGCAGCGGGGCACAGUUCGCCGUCAACCUCGCUGUUCACGCUACCAAACCCGGGGGUCAGGUAAUCAUAAUCGGACACGGACCUACCUCCGUUUCGUUUCCGGUUGUGGCCACUGUUGCCAAGGAAAUAGAGAUCAAAGGAUCGUUCCGCUAUGUCAACACUUGGCCCACGAUGAUAGAAAUGAUCUCCUGUGGCAAAAUUGACGUUAAGCCGCUGAUCACACACCGGUUCAGACUGGAGCAGACCUUGGACGCGUUUGAGAUGGCCAGAAGUGGACAGGGAGUGAAAGUCAUGAUUAACUGCGGACAGUGACGUCAUACGUACAAGAAUGACGUACACGAAUGAUCCAAGAAACGAACUAUUACAUGUAGGUUGUAACUCAUUUAGUCUGUUGUCAAAUUCCUUGACAUUUAACAAACUGUCUGCUAUGUACAGACUAUUCAAAUAUAUCAGGCAAUGUUUUUGUAUAUCCUUUAUAUUCAAUGAGUACAUUAAACUCAAAAUUGUC